GCUUGACAAUCGUCUGGCCCGAGUUGGGGGUUCUGGUUGGACUGCGGCGGCUGCAUUUUCGGCCAACAUGGACCGAACCUCUGUGGCAUUUACUCGAAAGGGAUUUUAACAACCGCCGGGGGAAAAUGGCCGAGAGGUUGGAGUGGGUGGAGAUCAUCGAGCCGCGUACGCGCGAGCGCAUGUACGCCAACCUGCUGACGGGCGAGUGCGUGUGGGACCCGCCGCCGGGUGUGCGCAUCAAGCGCACCGGUGACAACCAGUGGUGGGAGCUCUUUGACCCCAACACUUCGCGCUUCUACUACUACAACGCUUCCACGCAGCGCACCGUCUGGCACCGCCCGCAAGGCUGCGACAUCAUCCCGCUGGCUAAACUGCAGACGCUCAAGCAGCACACCGACGCCGCCAGCCCCCGCCACGCCGCCUCUGCCGCCGCCGGAGGAGGAGCGUCAGCCGACAACAGUCCGGGACGCAACAGCGGGGUCAGCCGGGAUGGGAGCACUUCGUCCUCCCUGGACCAGGAAGGGACGGACAAGCAGGCCGGGAAAGAUGAAGCCGAGCGGACAUCCCCGUUCCGGUGGAACACGGGCACGAAGGAGCGCAUGCUGAUCAAGGUGACGGACCGCGAGCCUAGCUUCCUGUCCCACCAAGGUAACGGUUACUCCCCGUGCGACCCGCCCACGCCGGGGGCGCUCUCAGGCGGGGGCACGGCGGCGCGAAGCCGCCGUUCCUCCGGGGGCGGUAACCCGGCGCCCUCCUCCGAACCCGACGGCUCCCCCGGCCCGUACCCGGAGCGCCGGCAUUCUCCCUUCUUGAAGCGCGCCGAGCUGGGCGGUUCCCAGCGGCGCUCCUCGGCCGACUCGCAGCCGUCGUCCCCCCGCUACGCCUACGAGCCGCCGCUCUACGAGGAGCCGCCCUCCGAGUACCAGCCGCCGCCCAUCUACGAGGAGCCGCCCUCCGACGUUCACCUGUCCGACUCCUCCUUCUACGGCACCGGGAAGUCGCCCGCUCGCAAGACCUCCGUGCCCCUCUACCACUCCCCCAAGCAGUCCCCUUAUGGCCAGCUGGUUCUGACCCGGCAGAAGUGUCCGGAGAAGACGCAGAGCCUGGAGUACAGCCCUGUGGGGAAGGAGUAUGUCAAGCAGCUGGUGUACGUGGAGCAGUCGUCCUCCAGCCCUCGCUUCAAGACGGCCGACCGGCUGCUGCGUUACGGCACCGCGGGCGGCUACGGCGGCUCCUACGGGGGCUCCUACACGCUGCAGCACAGCCAGUCUCUGAUAAGGGACCCCCGCCUGUUGCUUGACUACAGCGGCGAGGGCGGCGAGGGGGGUCAGAGGCUGCUCUACGAGGACUCCAUAUCCUGGUCGUCGAGUCAGACUCACUCUCUGUCCUCGUCCACCGCCGGGCCCUUCUCUCCCGGCGGCAACCGCAAACGCAAGAGCCGCAAGCCGUCGCUCCCGCAGGAGCUGGCCCGCUGCGGCGCCCCCGACGGCGACUUUGGCGGCACGGCGUCGGAGGCCAUGCUGGCGCAGGCCCGGCUGGCGUGGGAGGCGCAGCAGGUGAUGAAGCAGCGCAGCAGCUGGGACUCGGGCCAGGGCGGCGGCGCGCAGAGCUCCAAGGACGGCUACGAAAGCGACGGCGCCGUGCCGACCCCGCUGCCGGGGCCGGUGGUGAGGGCCUUCAGCGAGGACGAGGCCCUGGCGCAGAGCGACGGACACCUCUGGAAGAGAAGCACCUUCGAGCGCCUUGGAUUCCCUCAGGUCCUGCUGGAGAAAAGUCUCUCCAUGCAGACCAGCCUGGCUUCGCCCGAGACGUAUCUCCAUCCCUCACAGUCGGAGGACCUGGGAGCCUGCGCCCAGUUUGAGGCCAGUCGCAAUGCCAGGAACAUGAUGCCGAGCGCCAGCUGCGGCGUUUUCCCGGAAUUCACCCUGAGGAAACCGUCCUCCGAGACCGACAUCGAGAACUGGGCGUCCAAGCACUUCAACAAACACACACAGGGUCUAUUCAGGAGGAAGGUGUCCAUCGCCAACAUGCUGGCAUGGAGCAGCGAGCCCAUCAAGAAGCCCAUGAUCGUCACGUCGGACCGCAGCGUCAAAAAGGAGGCGGUGGACAUCUUCAAGCUCAUCCAGACCUACAUGGGGGACCGCCGCGCCAAAGUCGACCCCCUCUGCGUAGCCCUGGAGGUAGUGGUCCGUGGGUGGAGCAACCAGGGCCUCCGCGACGAGCUGUACAUCCAGCUGUGCCGGCAGACCACGGAGAACUUCCGCUACGACAGCCUGGAGCGCGGCUGGGAGCUGAUGGCCAUCUGCCUGGCCUUCUUCCCGCCCACGCCGCGCUUCCACGCCUACCUGGAGGGUUACAUCUGCAGACACAUGGACCCCCUCAAUGACACCAAGGGAGUGGCUAUAAGCAGCUACGCUAAACAUUGCUACAGGAAGCUCACCAAGGCGGCGCUGACCGGGGCCAAGAAGGGUCUUCAGAAGCCGUGCUUGGAGGAGAUCCAGCACGCCCGCAACGCCAUCUUCAGCCCGUCCAUGUUCGGCUCUUCCCUGGAGGAGGUCAUGGCCCUGCAGAGGGAACGCUACCCGGACCACCAACUGCCCUGGGUCCAGACCCGCCUGUCCGAGGAGGUCCUGGGCCUCAACGGGGACCAGACGGAGGGCAUCUUCAGGGUUCCGGGAGACAUCGACGAGGUGAACGCUCUCAAGCUGCAAGUGGACCAAUGGAAGAUCCCCACAGGACUGGAAGACCCUCACAUUCCAGCGUCACUGCUGAAGUUUUGGUACCGCGAGCUGGAGGAGCCGCUCAUUCCGCACGAGUUCUACGACGAGUGUGUCAAGAACUACGACAACGCCGAAGCCGCCGUCCAAGUGGUGCUGGGACUGCCGCACAUCAACAAACUGGUGCUCUGCUACCUCAUACGCUUCCUGCAGGUGUUCGCGCAGCCGUCCAACGUGUCGGUGACUAAGAUGGACGUGAACAACCUGGCCAUGGUGAUGGCGCCCAACUGCCUGCGCUGCCAGUCGGACGACCCGCGCGUCAUCUUCGAGAACACCCGCAAGGAGAUGUCCUUCAUCAGGCUGCUCAUCCACUCGCUGGACACCGGCUUCAUGGACGCCAUCCUAUAACCCCCGACCCCCCCCCCCCCCUUCCACCCCACAAAAAACAACAAGAAGGCGGCAUAGCCCACACCCUUGCGGUACUCCGCGUGCCUUGAUGGAAAUCCCCUCCAGUAUUUUCUCCACUUCCUUCAUGUCCAUGCGCUAGUGUGUGCUUUGUCCUCACGAGCAAGACAAUUCAGCGCACUAGUAGCACGAGUCGAUUGGACUCAGUGACGUUUUGCCCACUCCCCCGCAUGACAUUUUUUUGCACAGUCGAAAAAUCAUGUCUCGCUCGUGACAUUUUUUCCACUCUCGAAUGACAUUUCUGUGCACUACUAUAAUGCGCUAGUUGAACAACACACGUACCGACCGUCUCACUAGUGGCAUUUUUUUUCUCACUUCUCUUAUCAAUUCUGCAGUACAGCGACUUUGGUGUACUAGUAGGACAACUACAUAUCAGGAGGGAGGCAAUGCUGUGCACUGCUUGACGUCAGCCUCCUACUACUAGUGAAGUGCAACAUGUUAACGAGUAGAAUUUUUAAGAAUUGCAUUUACAAUUUUUAUCAUGAAAAGUUGAGCAUUCAUUUGCUAUCCUACCAGUGUGCUGAAUUGUCACGACAUCAGAUGAGUAGAAUUACUAGGGACCACAAGUAGAACAAGUAUACCUUACUACUACACUGGAAAAAAAGAAAAAAAACGUUGGAAUAACUGAAAAUUUCAAGGCAACAAACUUAAAAUUCAAAUUUGAAGUCAAGAAGUUCAACUAAGUUUUGCUGUUGUGAAAAUCGUCCUUCCCUCAUUUCACAACGAAGAUUUUUUAUUUUUUUUUUACAGUGUAGUGACAUUUUUACAACUGCCUUCCGCUAGCUACUGUAUGAAAAUUUUGGCACACGAGUUAGACCAACUAGGGUGCACUCGUAGAAGUAACACAUGAAGUGAAUCGUGUUGGAGCUGGGUAUGAAGGCUAUGGAGCAAAUGCUUGAAAGGUCUUUCCGUAUGCCUUCACAGAGCAGGACCAGGACGCCCCCCUUUGAUGCCGUCGGGUCAUGUGACUUCCUGUCACCACCGCGACUCGCCACUGAUUUGUGAAUGUGUCUUUUGGUUUACUCGUUUCACACCAUUUAACACAAAUGUGCUUCUCAAAAAAAAAAAAAAAAGG